AUGGCACAACAUAAUGCCAAAGUGUUAGAAAAGGAAGCGAAGUUAGAAGCUGAUGAUUUAAAACACCAUGAUCAAUUGGAAAAAGAGAAAGCAAAAGCAACAAGUAAAUCGAUUGAACUUGAUCAAAAACAUCAAGCAGCAGAAUUAAAACAUUUAACUGAAACAAAAACAAAAGAAGCUAAAGAAACAAGUGAACGGUUAAAAGAAGAGGCAAAACAAGAAGCCAAAGAUAUUAAACAUGAACAAAAGAUGGCUGCAAAAGGUUUCAAAUGA